AACGUUUAAUUUACGGUCGAAAAAAAAAAAAUUCUGUGAAGACCAUAUCUUGUUUACAGAAAAAAAAACCCUGGUUAUUUAACUAACGGAUAAAGCGAUUGAAUUUGCUGAUUUUUGAAAUAUAUUUAUGUUUUUAAUUAUUAUUUUAUUUUUUUAACGUUUGAUUAAUUAUGCUAUUACAACGUUGAAAAAUAUUACAUAGACGAUUUUACAGCCGACAGUUCUACCACCAUAUGAAAAUACGCCUGACUGUAUUACUCCGAACCGUCCUAUGAUAUACAUAUUCGAUGGUAUGCCAUGCACCAUGCUGAAGACCUCAUAUAAUCAUUUUUCUCUCUAAUCUACAUAAUUUGUGGUUUUUUGGGAUUUGAAUCCCAAACCUUUUAAUGUAAAAACAUUAAUGAAUCUUUAAUCAAACCACUAGAAUAAAGAAGCUUCCACUAUUAUUAUUUUUUUAUAGAGAGCAUUUAUGUUUUUAAUUGAAUUGUAAAUACUUCCAAAUUUGAAGCUGCAAUCUUCUCGGUAUUUUCGAUCAUUGAAAAUCAACCAAUACAUAUUUUCUCAGUCUUUGGAAGUAAACCAAUACUCGUUUUCUCAUCUCACUCUAUAUAACGAGUACUAUACCAUAACGAAUUAACAAGUAAGAAAAGGAAAAAAAAAGUUUUUAUCAUUUUAAAAAUGGGGAAAUCCUUUGCUUUGGUGAUCAUUCUCUUAUCUUUUCUUCUUCUUCUUGUCCUUCAAAACCUCGAAGUCGUUAACGCCGUCGGGUGUACCGGAAGCUUUUACAACGAAAACAGCACUUACGUUCAGAAUCGCGACGAUAUAUUCUCUACUCUUCCUGAUAAAGUAAUCGCCAACGGUGGAUUCUACAACUCUUCACUCGGCAACAGUCCCAACAGAGUUUACGCUCUUGUCCUCUGCCAAAGAGGCUACGAGCAACAAGAUUGUUUCAACUGUGUCCUUAGUGCGACUCGGGGUAUAAAAAAGGAUUGUCCAACCCGAAUGAAUUCGUACACGUGGGACAAAGACGUUGAAGACAAUGUUUCUUGUCUUGUACGUUCCUCAAUCCACUCAACUUUUGGGAGCCUCGAGCUUGAACCUGCUGUUCGAUACCCAAGUCCAGAUGGUAUCGAUCCAUCUAAAAACAUGACCCUUUUUGAACAAGAGUGGGAUGGGAUGGUUAACCGGACUGUCGAGGCCGCCACUGGUGCUGAAACUUCCUCUGUGCUUAAGUACCAUGGUGCCAUAGAAGCCGAGUUCACCGAGUUUGAAAAUGUCUACAUGCUGAUGCAGUGCACACCGGACAUAACUUCUCAAGAUUGCAAUAGAUGUUUGAGAGCAUGUGUGACGUUAUUUAAAAACCAGUUCUGGGGCAGACGAGGAGGCGAGGUCAAUCGUCCGAGCUGCUUUUUCAGGUGGGAUUUUUAUACAUUCCAUGGUGCUUUUGGUAAUGUUACUAGACUUCCUUCACCUCCGGCUCAGGAGAAGGGGAGCUCUGCAACAGACAAGAAAGGAAGAAGCACAAGGUCUUGGGUAACCAUCGCGAUAUUUGUGGUUCUUACUUUUAUUAAUGUAUUUGUAUCUAUCAGUCUCAUAAAGUUCUUUGCUCGGAGGAGAAAAUCAAACAACGGAAUCAAUGUUGAUAGGGAAGAGCACUCUGAGUCUGAUGGUCAACAUAUGCUACGGUUUAAUCUUGGUAUGAUCUUGACAGCAACCAAUAACUUCUCGUCUGAAAAUAAGCUUGGCCAAGGUGGAUUUGGUACUGUCCACAAGGGGAUAUUACCAAACGGGCAAGAGAUAGCGGUGAAGAGAUUAUCAAAAGGUUCAGGACAGGGAGAUACAGAGUUUAAGAAUGAGGUUUCACUCUUGACAAGACUCCAACAUAGGAAUCUCGUUAAGCUUCUUGGUUUCUGUAGUGAAGGAGAUGAAGAGAUUCUUGUCUACGAGCUUGUCCAUAAUUCAAGUCUUGACCACUUUAUCUUCGAUGAAGAGAGGCGUUCACUUCUUUCAUGGGAGCUGAGAUUCAGAAUUAUAGAAGGCAUUGCUCGAGGUCUUCUUUAUCUUCAUGAAGAUUCUCAGCUGAAGAUUAUUCACAGAGACUUGAAGGCGAGCAACAUCCUGUUAGAUGCAGAGAUGAACCCUAAAGUUGCAGACUUUGGGACCGCAAGGUUGUUCGAAGCUGAAGAGACUCGAGCUGAAACAAGAAGAAUAGCUGGAACCCGUGGAUAUAUGGCUCCUGAAUACCUUAAUCACGGGAAAAUCUCAGCUAAAUCUGAUGUAUAUAGCUUUGGUGUUAUGCUUCUAGAGAUGAUAAGUGGGGAAAGAAACAAUAGCUUUGAAGGAGAAGGACUUGCGGCUUUUGUAAGCUUUUGUCCUGAAUUUUCUUUUAUCUUUAAACCUCUCUGUACAGAGUGUAAAAUGUAUAUGUUCUUCGUGCAGGCAUGGAAGAGAUGGGUUGAAGGAAAGGCUGAGGCUGUAAUUGACCCUUUACUGAUGAAGGAUCCGAUAAACGAGAUCAUGAAGUUGAUCCAGAUUGGUUUAUUGUGUGUUCAAGAGAAUGCAGCAAAGAGACCAACUAUGAGGUUGGUAAUAGUUUGGUUUGGCAGUGAUACUAUCAUCAUUCCUUUACCUAAAGCUCCUGCUAUGAGUGGAAGUCAAUCUCAAUCUGAAGAUGGUACAAUGUCAAUAAGCAAUGACUCCACGGAGUUGAGUUGUCGUUGAAUUAUAAUGGUGAAACAAAAUGUUGUUUUAACAAAAAAGAGAAAAGAUUUAUGAGGGAUGCUUUUUAUCAUAAAAAUUCUGUCAAAUGAAAUGGGAGUUCUAGGCUAUUCAAAUUGCUUCGGAUCAUAACGAUUUACUAGAAUUUGACAUGUCCAUAUCAAUAUUCUGUAUAGUUUUGGUAGUAUAUAUUUUAUAUAUUUACUUGUAUUAAAUUUCUGUGUACUAUGACAUUUAUAUACAAAAAAAAAGUUGAUAGUUUAUAUCAGUAA